AUGAUGAAGUUGAAGAUGGAGCUGCAUACAGAAGCGUAUCUUUUUGUUAAUUGUUGUUGUUACUAUUAUUGCUAUUACUACUACUGUUACUCGAUGACACUAACGUCCCAGGAUAAGAACAUUGUGAGGGCGUCUGUUUCAAAGGCCAACAACAAAAUCAUUGACGCUGCCAUUGUACGGUUAUAUGUGGCGACUACAUCAUCGGAUCGUUGGGUAUGGUCUGGUUUGAUGGGGGCUCUUGUUCUCGUUGAGGAUACUAUUGGCCAUACGUUUUUCUUUAAACUUAUUGAUAUCACCGAAAGGAGGGGGAUUCUUUGGGAUCAAGAGAUAUACGUGGAUUUCCAAUAUACUCAAGAUCGGAAAUUCUUUCAUUCUUUUGAAAUUGACAAUGCACAGAUUGGCUUUCUAUUUGAUUCAAUCUCCAAUGCACAACACUUCUAUAAACGGGUGACAACUAGGGAGAAACACGCAUCUACUACAACUCUUAACAACUAUGCACAAGUGAAAUCUCGCAAACACCCGGAACAGACCCCGCAUUUUGACCAACUUACAAGCGGGAGUAUUAACCAUCGUAUCAGGAGAUCUAGGGGACUGUUAUAUUAUGAGAAGGAGCCUCCUCCAGAAUGGCGGCCCCUCUAUAACGAGCUCGAGAAGAUGGGCAUCACAGAAGACAUGAUUGCCGAAAAUAGAGACUUUAUCAAGGAUUACAUCAACAAACAGGGCGGUCCUCUUGUUGGAUUGGAACCACCGAUUCCUAGACGUUAUCAACAUAGACAACAACAGCGUCAACAAGAGAACAACAUAAAUGAUAAUUCACCCCCAAUCUCCUCCAGCUCAUCAAUGAGGAAAAAGAAGGCCCCACCUCCACCUCCACCUCAACCUCAACCUCAACCUCAACCUCAACCUCAACCUCAACCUCAACCUCAACCUCAACCUUCAGCGUCUCUGUCACCGUCACCUUCGUCGCCGCAUCUAGCUCCGGCAACCCAACAGCAUCUCUCAGAGGAAUCCAUAGCUAAUGUCGGCGGUUCCCAUCUUCAACAAGAUCAACAACCGGCUCUCCAGCCAUUGUCUGCACAACAUUCAUCCAACUCAAUCUCCCCUCCUUUCAAACAUGCAGUUCCUCCACCUCUUGCUACCCAAAACCUGCAUCGCUUCAUAGAACAGACUACUUCACCAGCUUUUCCCCCUAGAAAUCCAGUACCUCCACCUCUCAUAAUACAAAAUACACCUCUCCCAAACCAAUCUGCCUCACCGGCUCCUCCACCAAGAGGCCCAGUACCUUUGCCACGGGGUCCUUCAACACCUCUGACAUCUAGAGGCCCAGUACCUCCUCCCCCUUCAAGAGGGCCAGUACCUCCUCCCCCUUCAAGAGGGCCAGUACCUCCACCACCACCUAGAAACCAACCGCAGCGUGCAGCUGUUCCUCCCCCUCCUCCUUCCAGAAGAGGAGCAGCACCUCCACCUCCACCUCCGUCUAGACAGCUACACAACGGCCAGGCAGCUCCAUCUCACCCGCCUCCUCAACAGGCGCCGUCGACCCAACAACAACCACUUCACCAACAACCACUUCACCAACAACCACUUCAGCCGUCUCACCCGCCUCCUCAACAGGCUGCUCUAACACCGCCACAUCAACAGCAACAAUCUCUGGCUCCUCCACCGCCACCACCACCUCCUUUACAGACGCAAACUGCACCACCCGCUGCUGGCUCCUCUGCUGCACCACCGCCGCCUCCACCGCCAGGAAUGCCGGUAUUCACUCCACCGCCUGCUGCUGGUCCCGCACAAACCACACCAGCAAUAUCCGACGACAGAGAUGCUCUACUGGCGUCUAUUAGAAAUGCCGGAGGAGUGGGGGCACUACGUAAAGUCGACAAAUCACAGCUUGACAAGCCAAGUGUGUUGCUACAAGAGGCAAAGGGUGAAGCACCAACCAUGUCGAGUGCAGGUGCAAAUACAUCAAACUCUGGUGCACCUGCUUCGUUGGCAGAUGCAUUGGCUGCAGCCCUGUCAUCAAGGAAAGCCAAGGUGGCCAAUUCAGACAAUGAGUCCGACGGUGAUUGGUGA